UUAAAUAAAAUCAAAUCACAAAUUCAAAAAAUACAAAAUUUAGAGUUUGAUUAAUAUUUUGUAAACAUAGAAUCAUUAUCAAUAAACAAACAAUAAAUAGUUAGUUAGAUAGAUAGAUUGAUCGAGAGAUAAUAAAAUAAACCAAAAAUAUUUGACUUGGAGGAGAAAAUGAGUUUAGUUUAGAGAACAAUAUAGGCUUAUGAGAAGGAUGAAAACAAAAACUUCGAAGAGUUCAUUGAAAAAAGUUUAAAAGCAUUUAGAGAAGAAGGUAUGAAAUUCGAGUAGUAAAAGGAGUGCAAUUCGUAAUAAAUGUCUGAUAACUAAAGAAACGAAUGGGAAGAAAAAAUAGCUAGUUUGGAAAGUCUUUUUAAAAUGUUUUGUGUGCUUAAAGGUUAAAAGAGAAAGAAAUCAAGAGUCAUGUAUAACAUUUGUGAGCAUAUUUAUGGAAAGAAUUUACUAAAAAGAACAUUUUGGUGCUGGAAAAGCCACCAGAAGAAUGAAGAAUAUCUGCGUUAGAUGGAAGAGUAAGCAGAUGUAUUUUAUAACAGAAGGACACUAACAAAAAUAAUGAGAAGUUGGUAAGAUGUUGUAAUUGAUGAGAAUAAAACAAUAGUUAAAAACACUGCCUUAAAGAAAACUGAGUUAGAAUUGCAAAAAAAUCAAAAGGAGUUUGAAAACCAAAUUAAGAGUUUGGAAAUUUUGCUAUAAUAAAAAAUAUUAACACUGAGACAUGAAGAAUAACAAUACAACAUUUUAUUCUAAAAAUAAUAGCUCCUUUCAUAAAAUUAAAAAAUUGAAUUUGAUUGA